GUGCAAAAAAGGCAUUGCUGAAGUAAAAAUGGAACCUGAUGGUGGCAAAAUUGACAAGCCACAAAAUAUUUGUUGCAUUGUGGUAGAAUAUCUUAUGGGAGGUACUCUAAAGUCUUAUCUCAUACGAAACCGAAUAAAGAAGCUACCAUUGAAAGUGGUUGUCGGACUUGCACUUGACAUAGCUAGAGGGUUGAGUUAUAUGCAUUCAUUAAAGGUUGUUCACAGAAACGUGAAAACAGAAAAUAUGCUUCUUGAUAAAGAAGGAAGAGUCAAAAUAACUGAUUUUGGUGUCUCAAGAGUAGAAGCUGCAAAUCUUGCUGAGAUGACUGGACAAACUGGGACACUUGGUUAUAUGGCACCAGAGGUCUUAAUUGGCAAUCCAUACGAUCAGAAAUGCGACGUGUACAGUUUUGGGAUCUGUCUAUGGGAAAUUGAUUGUUGUUCCAUGCCAUUUCCCAACAUUGCUUCAAUUGAAGAAACCUCACUGGUUGUUUACAAGAGUUUGAGGCCGGAAAUACCCAAGUGCUGCCCCAUUUCUGUUGCUGACGUGAUGAAAAAAUGUUGGGAUACGGACCCCAAAAGAAGACCCAAGAUUGAAGAGGUAGUUCAAAUGUUAGAAGCCAUUGACAUUUCAAAUGGUGGCGGUAUGGUACAGGACGACGUUGAACCUCGGGGGUGCUUUAGCUUAUUCAAGAAACGAAGAUGAUAACAAACACAAAGUUGAAAAAUCAUCAUUACUCGACUUUGUCUUCUUGUAAAAUUACCCCAUAAACCUUGGGGUCCUCAUCCAAUAAUUCAACAG